AUGGACGAAGACCUUUUUUAUGAUAGAUUGCACCAACGGUGCCCGCGAGAGUACUUACUGAAGGAGUUAGAGACGAACGAGCACGCUGUUAUUCUGAAUGUUUCGAGAUUCAUCAACGAAAUGGAACGAGUGCAAGCUACAAACGCAUAUUACUGCAAGACGAUAAUCAAAGCUCUUUUGGACAAUGACUGGAUUUUUAGCAAAGCUCUCACAAUGGCAGACGAAGACGAAGACGGUCCCGAAAUAUCCGAUUAUCUCUAUGAGAAGUACAUCGAACUUUUGAGCACGGGCAAACCAGACCCAACGAUGAAAGAGAUCAUAAGGUACAGGUUUGAUGGAACCGUGAAGAUCAGCAUCGAAGAAACGCCGAAUUUGAUCAGUGCGGCCAGUACCACGGGAUUCAGAACGUGGGAAGCUGCGCUAUACAUGGGAGACUUCCUCAUGCACGAGCCGCUACUAGAAUUUGUGAAUGAAGACGACAAGAAGAAGUUGAACGUUCUCGAGAUCGGUGCCGGAACAGGCAUUGUAAGUCUCGUUCUCUUGCGGAAGUAUUGCGAAUACGUGAGCAAGAUGUACGUAACGGACGGCGACUCGGACCUGGUGGAGACGCAGCUUAGAAGGAAUUUCGAGUUGAACAAUGCCUGGCGUGAGCAGGGGCCAGACAUCAGACUGCAAAGACUAUGGUGGGGUAGCGACAGAGUCCCCGACGAACUGGACCUGGUGGUCGCAGCAGACGUUACAUACGACUCGACGAUCUUCCCUGAACUGUGCCAGUGCUUGGCCGAAUGCCUUGCCACAAGCCAAUGUAAAAUGUGCUUACUGUCCGCGACGAUCAGAAGCGACUCCACCGACGAAGAGUUUGCCCGAGAGUGCCAUAAAGUCGGGUUGAAGUACACCGUGGUAACGAGCACCGAGGAUGAUAAGAACAGCGAGGCCCGGAUGGUGGAAAACCUGCUCUUUAAACCUUUGAUUGCGCCCAUUCGAAUUUACAAGGUAGUGAGUGAGACAAUAGAAUAA